GUCAGCCAACAAUGAAGAGAACUUAUGAACAAACUCAGCCUGUUGGCCAACCAGUAACUACUCCAUCCAGUUCAGGCCAGUCUCAACAGGCUCAACCAACCGAACCUCGAGGAUUAAAUGAGAGGAUUUUGAAUGACUUGGCAGGUAAAAUCGGACACAAAUGGACACAUUUGGCAGUACGUCUUGAGUUCCAGGACGCUGAAAUUGAAAACUUCCGAGCUGACCACCCUCGUUCGCAAAAAGAGCGGACGUUUCAGAUGCUGAAAACAUGGUGGCAGCGGUGGGAUCAUCUUCAUGAUGCUGAUGGUAGCGGCGCUCAGGAUGAUCUUUGCGAUGCCCUUGAAAAGACUGGAAGGAAUGAUCUGAUUCUGUUUCUGAGAGGUUCUGAGGAUGGUGCGGGACAUUUCAACCUUGACGCUUACCGCGAUGAGUUCAUCAGAUACUACCAAGACGAGAUGAGUGUGGUUCCUUUGCUCCCAUGGCUCCCAUCUGAAGUCAGUAGCAUUCAUGAUAUUUAUGUAAAACCGGAGCUGCAAGAGAGACAGGACAAGGCUAGGAAGGUGAAAACACGGACAAUUGAAUCCCACGAGGAUAUGUUUAAACUGGAGUAUGAAGACGGCGAGCCGGUCAGGUUUAUCUUGCUGUCUGGCAUUGCUGGUAGCGGCAAGACUACCAACGUGUCAAAGAUUGCCACCGACUGGGCACUACAGACGCCGAGAUCUACAUCUUCACUCUCCAAAUUCACGUUUUUGGUAGUCCUGAGUAUGCGAGAACUUAAGGGAGUCCCAGAUCUGACCAAGGCAAUAUUUGACCAAAUCCUUGCCCAAGAUACGAACCUUGAUCGCAAAUCUCUGACAACUUACCUGAGUUCACAUGCUGAAAAAGUCCUGGUUGUGUUGGAUGGCGCUGAUGAGUAUGAUAAAGAGGGUUCCCAGUUGCCAUCUGAAGGUUUCAUCAAUAACAUCAUCAGAAAUAAGAUUCUUCGUGGAUGUACCGUCAUCGUCACAACACGUCCCCACAUGGUGGACAAGUUGUGCAAGCUCAAUCCUUCUUUCAUUCAUAUUGAGACCAGGGGUUUCUCAGACGAAGGAGUCCAGAAAUACAUUCAGAAGUUUUUCAAAGGCGACGAUUCAGAGGAUUCUGGCGGGUUGUACGAAUAUUUGAAGGCAUCUGAGACCCUUCGUAGUUUGGCGAGAACACCCAUAAUGCUGCUGCUCAUGUGUCUUGUAUGGUCAGACGAACAGAAGCUCCCCGAGACGUUGACAGAGUUGUUUAAGGAAGCACUUCUCUUCAUUUUGAAACGUCACUUUGAAAAAUCCGGUUUGCCAAUUCCUGAAGAUAAAGAGUUACUUGAGAAUCAGUUGAUAGAUCUUUUGCAAACUUUAGGAAAAGAAGCGCUUGAUGGUCUGUUGCUUUUUGGACAGAAGCUGGUCUUUGAAGCUAGGGACUUUGGGAAUUCUGAGGUGGUUGACAAAGCUUGCAAAAUUGGAAUUCUGUCGAAAGAGAAAAUUCGAAGUAAAUUACGUGCGGUUGAAAGCGUGACUUUCUUUCAUAAAACCUUCCAAGAGGCAAUUGCUGGGUUUUAUUGGGCGAGUCUAGUCGAGUCUGAUAACGAGUUGUUUAAAUCUUACCUGAGUAAGGUGGACAAGAGUAAUGCCUUGGGUAUGGAGUACUUGAUGCGUUUUUGCUGUGGUGGAAAUGUCAAAGCGGCAGAAUCCCUUCUUCGCUUCGUCGAAACUUUCGGCUUGAAAACUGAAGUACCGGAUGACCCAGAUCAUGUAAACUUUUUUCGAGACUCAAAUGAGCCAUUCAGGAGGCUUUGGAUUUUAAUGCAUUACGAAGCACACUCAGAAGAAUUACACAGUAUUGCCAGGGCCGUCUUUAACCACGUUUUCUUGGUAAAAAUGAACUGUGGAAAUGAUUUCACGUCUGCUCUUAAGUUUCUAGUCGAGUGUGAGACUUCUUCAGGUCAGUCAUUACUAACCAAACUGAAGCAAGUCAUAAUUAAAAACGUUAGAUCGAAAGGAGAAGCGUCACUAGUAAGUGACAUAUUAAGGUACAGCCCAGAUGUAACAGACGUCUUUAUAUCUACCGACGGAGACAACAAUGAAGUCUCUUGCCUUGGUGAAGCACUUUCAAGAAUGCAAUCGCUUGAAAAACUCCAGAUUAAUGGCACUAAUAGUCUUGCUUCCAAACUGCGGGUUGUUGACUUAGAAAGGGUCAGUCUUUGCCGGGAUUCCUUUCCAAGCUUUGCCGAACAGCUGAAGAGCCUUAAAGAACUGAAUGAGUUGAAACUCAGCUUCAGGAUAGGUUCGUGUUCAGAAGACAUAAUUACUCUUGCCAAAGAUGUCCUGCCAUCACUGCAGCGUAAUCUACGUGUCCUUGAAGUGUUCAUUCCAACGGAGUCAUCAACGGACCCAGAAGCCUUCAUGGCAGUUAUGCAGUGGGCUUGUGCUUCACCAUCCAUGAAUGCACUCAAGUUCCAAGGGUGUGUAUGUCCACAUCGCACAAAUGUAUCUAAACCUGAUAGCAUUGACGCAGUAAACACUCUACAGCCAACCCCAAGCCCCAUUCAAAGGUUAAACGUCAGCAGGAGCUCCCUCGGCCCGUGCACGGCAGCUUUCAUGAGACUUUUAGAGCAAAUGCCGUUCUUAAAGAAAUUAUACAUGGAGGAUAUGAGCUUUGUGGAAUCCGAUUGGACUGACCUUGUGGAGGUUCUCAAGGGCUGCCAACAACUUCAAGAUUUACAUCUGCGCGGCAACGUCAUGACAAGCAGUGAUCUUGAAGCUGUACUGAGACUGAUUCCGAGGCUACCGGAUCUUCAGUGGUUGAUCUUGCCAAAAACAUUUCAAGGGACUGGGUACUACGUGCACUCGGUUCCCAUGGCCUGGGCCCAAGCCAAGGAAUUCUGCCAGAAGAUGAGAGGCAACCUGCUGAUGCCCAAGUCAUCCGAGGAGAACGCAUUCGCCAAGUCGCUGCUGCAGCAACGCCGGGCGACUACAGCGUGGCUUAACUGUCAUAGAGUCGGGCAGUGGCUGUGUGAAGUCGAUGGGGUGGCGAUGUGGCCUCCGUUCAACAACCCGGCCCCAGAUCAGCCAACACUCGACGGCAAUUGUCUCACUAUGAAGGCCGAGGAUGGCACAUGGCGUCACACCUACUGCGACUUGAAUGCGACUACCGUGUGCGAGAGAGAAGCGACGGUACAGCAAGCCAGCCUCGCCAUGCACUGCAUGACCAUAGCGGCAGACGGCCGCCCAGUCACCGACGGGCAGUGCGUUCAGAAGCCGUAG